CCCACGUGCGCCGAGCAUUUGCGCAGUUCCGACCCGUGAUGCCGAGCACCGCCUGGACGUCGUCAUCGUCAGCGCAGGCAAGUGAUAUAAAUCCGGAGCAAAGAGCAAAGAGACCUUUCCAUCAUUCCACGACGAUAACAUGUCCAAGGAUAAUACAUCUCUCGAUAACCCUCCCUCUUACGACACUGUUCAGCACAGCACAGGAAAUGACCACCCCGAGGAUGCAAAACAACCACCCAAGCUGCCUGUGCAACCGUCAACUCAGCCCUACAUGACGGCUGGACCGUCUUAUGUUCCUCAAACUGGUCUCCAAGAUCCUAUAGUUUACCACUACGUUAACCCUGCUACAGGCGACCGCAUUGCCUCGCUAUUACCGCCCAACCAUCCCGAGAUGAUAUGUCUUCAAGCAGGCGCACAUGUCCCUCAUACACAGUAUGGGCUGCUUGGUAUUCUCGCUGCGGUAUUCUGGUUCCCUCUAGGCGUUGGUCUCUGCCUACUCGACCGUCAUGUAACGUGUAGCAGAUGUGGGGCCGUGAUCAAUGACGGCAUAUGCGGGUAGCCCAUGAGGGGUAAUGUAAUGGACCUCUAAUCUAAUCCCUUUCUUGAAUUCCCUGUACAAUAGACGUCUGUGCCAGAUACGUAUCAUAUAUAUUAUUCCCUGCAUUGCAAACCGAAAU